GCUUUCUCGUUCUUUUUUAUCGGGCAUUUCUUUUUGAUUUCUUAUUUGUUCCGUUGGGGACGUCUUUCAUUUUGGUUUCCCAAAAUGAGGUGGAGGAAACUUCUAGAAAAGAAGGGCGAACUUUGACGGACGUGUGCGAAGAAGGCGUAAUUUGUAAUUUUGUGUUUUCUCUUGGAAACUUGUAGAAAAAGAAAACAAAAACAACAUGCCAGAAAUUACAGAAUUAGUUGACAGUGAUGAUGAGUUUCAAGAUGCCGUUAAUGAACCAACUCCAACUCCCAAGCCAGCAUCUGAUGAUGCCACAGUCAAGACAAACUCAUCCAUUGUUGAAGAAAUUAUUAAACAACAAAGCGGUAUAGGCGAUUUAAAACUAGACGAUGGCACCCCACAUGCUGGUCAAGAGCAGGAGGAGGAGACGGCCAGCUGUAGUAAUGACAACAAAGAGGGCCCUGUGUAUUUGCAUGAUGAAGUUGACGAGGAAGCCCUUAAGGAACGAGAGAAAACAAUGAGCCCCGAAGAGUUGGAGGCCAAUAAAGAAAAAGCUCUAAAAAUGAAAUUGGAAGCCAAUGAAUUGUUUAAAAAUGAUGAGUCAGAACGUGCCAUCGACAUUUAUACCGAGGCGUUGGGUGUUUGUCCCACAAAAUAUACAAAGGAUCGUGCGGUGUUAUAUGCCAAUAGAGCGGCGGCCAAAAUAAAAAUCGAGAAUAAAAAAGCGGCAAUCGAAGAUUGCACCAAGGCCAUUGAACUGUGGCCGGAAUACGUUAGGGCGCUGAUGAGGCGCGCCAAGCUGUAUGAGCAUGAAGACAAAUUGGAUGAAGCCUUGGCUGAUUAUAAGCGCGCCUUUGAAUUGGAUCCUGGUCAACAUGAAGCUCGCGAAGCCAUGAUUCGCCUACCACCACUUAUCACCGAGCGUAAUGAACGUCUAAAGGGGGAAAUGAUGGAGAAACUUAAAGACCUGGGAAAUUUGAUAUUGAAACCCUUCGGUUUGUCUACAUCAAAUUUCCAAAUGCAACAAGAUCCAGCUACCGGUGGUUAUUCCAUUAAUUUUAAUCAAAAUCCCAGCUAGAAACAUUAGCUUGAUGGCCAAAGAUUUACGUUCUAUUAAUUUUAUGUGUAAUUAUGUAAAAAAAGGAAAUUUGAUUUUUCUCAACUAGAGAUUAGAGCGCAAAUAGCGUUUGUGGCGUGAUAAAAUAAAAGCUUACAAAACAGAA